AUGGAUUCCUCUUCCUCAUCUUCUUCAUUUUGUGUUCCACCGGUGUUAGAUGAUUCGUCUACGGGGAGUACUUUUGAGUUUUUUAAUCAAGUGUACGCCGAGCUUGAAGAUACCGGCACCUCUUCCGACACUCGUAGGUGGGCUGUGUUUGUUAAAGCUUAUCCUCAUCCAGUGGAACAAGAUGAAAAGAAAUUUAAAAGACUACAAGAGGCUGCAAGAAAGGAUGUUGAGCGAGCGUUUGGUGUUCUCAAGGGAAAAUGGAAAAUCUUGGACCGUCCCCUCCGGCUAUGGACAAAGAAGAAGAUCAAAAAAGUCGUCGCUGCUUGUACUAUACUACACAACAUGAUCAUCAAAGACAACGGACGGGCAAUAUCACCGAUUCAUAUUAUGGAUCCACCGGUGCCAAGAGUUUAUAACCCGGAAGCAAACCGGGAGAUAAUGGAUGAGAACGUGCAUCAUCGGCUCCGAUAUGAUCUCACGACGCAUGUAUCGGCUUUAGACUUAUCAUUCCUUGAGGAUCCAGCGAUGCAGCCACCAUCAGCUGCAAGUUUGAUUUAG